CAAGUGACUCAACCAAACUCAAGUUGUGGCAAGCAGUAGUCCUCUUCUUACAGCCAGAUGAGCACUUAGUUGCCAUCCCACAGGUUGCCUCAAUAUGGCCGACAACAGUCUCGAGGACCUGCUGCAAGAGGCGCUCGCCGAUUUCGACGAGGCGCAGCCUGCCCCAGCAGCACCUCCGCAAAUCAGCCCUCAAGCUGCAACCCCAGCGAGUCCCCCUGCCGAGCCACUUCCUGCCGCUCCGCAAGCGCCAGCAAAUGCAGAGUCAGCUGCCGAGCCCUCGCCUGCGCCGGCAGUUGCGCCAAAGGCAGCUCCCAAAGGCCUUGGUCUGGGUCGUGGGCUUGGUGCCACUGACCCGCUGGGCCGGCGGCAACCCAAGAAGCCAACCAGCAGCACCGCCGCAUCAACCGGCGCUGCUGCCCAGGGAUCAGAUGGUUCCGGUACAGGUGCACCAGAGACCGGUACCGGUGCAGCGGAGGGUAGCAGUGACGGCGCGGGCGGUUCCCAAGGGCCAGGCAGCAAGGCGGGUCGCAAGCUGCCUGCAGAGGCGCAGCGCCUGGCCGACGAUCUGAUGAGCCUCCUGAAUGAGGCGGGUUUCGGAGGUGGUGCCGCGGAGGAGCCUGACGCGGAGGCCAUGGCAGCCUCCCUGGCAGGCAUGUUGUCCGGUGCCGGCAACCCCGCAGCAUCCGGAGCUGCUGCCGGGCCCGCCGGCGCGCCGGCAGCAGCGGGCGCCGAGGGCGAUCCAUUCGCUCAGCUGUUCGGACGCAUCAUGGGAGGCAUGAUGCCUCCCGGCGGCGCGAGCGGCGCCGGCGGCGGCGAGGAGGGCCUUCCGCCUGAUUUCGCCGCCAUGAUGCAGCAGAUGAUGAUGGCGGGGGAGGCAGGAACCUCAGCGGCAGCGGGGCCCAUGCCGCCUCCGCCGUCAGGGGCAUCCGGAUCGUCGGGUGCCGCUGGCGACGACGACGCAUUGGCGUCCUCUCGUCUAGCAGGCCUGGCCAAGCAAACCCUCAAGACGGUAUCUAAGCAGGCUAAGAAGACGCGCGGACAUGUGGAAGGCGCCGCGGCAGGUCGGGGUGCGGCGGGGGCCGCCGCUGGCGGCUUGCCGUUUGGGCCCGGCGGCGCGGGCGGGCUGGGCGGCCUGCUGCGCGAGCUGGGCGGGCUUGGAGGCGCGGCGGGGGGCGGCGCCGGUGGCGAGGAGGGCGGCGAGGGCGCGGGGGUGAACAUGAUGGUGGACUACAUCAUGCGGCACCUGCUGAGCAAGGAUGUGCUGUACGGGCCGCUCAAGGAGAUCCGCGACCGCUACCCUCCCUGGCUUGAGUCGCACAAGGCCUCUUUGCCCGCGGAGGACUUCCAGCGCUACGCCGCGCAGUACGAGGCCGUACAGCGGGUGUGCGCGCACUACGAGACGGCACCCGGGGAGUACGGCAAGCUGAUGGACCUCAUACAGGAGAUGCAAACGUACGGCGACCCGCCCGGAGACAUCGUAGAGGAGAUGACGGGUGGUGCUGGCCGGGACCUGAACAGCAUCCUCAACGCAGAGGAGGCCGGCCCGUCCGAACCCCAGCCCGCUCUGGAUGAGUUUACAAGCGAGCUGGACAAGCUGGGGGAGCUGGGCAAGGACAACUGUAAAAUGCAAUGACCGGGAUCACGAGUCCAUGUGUAAUGG